AUGCCGAAAAUAAAGAAUAUUGAAAAGCUGAAACAUCCAAACAGCAGAAAAACUAUUUCAAUAGUCAAAAAAACGGUAAAAGCAGAAAAAAAGAACGACGUUAAACUUGGAACGCAUAUUAAAAAUAAUUUAAUUGGUGAAAAAAUACUUUGGUUCAAAGAAAGAAUACCGGAAGGCUGUGAAACUCUAGAUAAAGAGCAGACUUUACAGUUAAUUGAACAAUAUUUAGGUCGCUUUGAUGAUGAGUUGGAGCAAAUAGCAUUGAAAAAUUCCAUUGGGCAACGAAAAAAAAGGCAACAUGCGAGUAGAGAGGAUAUUAUAAAUUUAAGUAAGAAACGUGAACUUCAAGAAUUCGAAACCUGUGGCCUCGAAAUGCCAGACCUUAUGGAUCCUCAACAAAUGGAAGUAUUAAUGAAUUGGAACGGCGAACUUCGGUUUUUACAGAAUUUCAAAUUAAAACGAUUCGCUAGAAAACAUUUGAUUUAA